UUCAGUAAAUCAGAGCUCCGUUAGCUCUGUUAGCCUCCGAUUUAGGCUAACAGUCUAGCGGUCUUGAUCCAUUUAACGCGAGAGCUUCACGUUUUUGUUUUGUUUUUUUUCUUUCUUCUUUUUUUGUAAAGCCCGGAACCCUCAUUUGAGAAGCCGCGGUCAGGCCAGCCGUACCUUGAAUUUUGUUGCUCCUCUGUUGUAGACAUUACGGUACGGGUUCUGAGUGACCCAGAAACACAAAGGAAGACGCCGUUUACACCACAGCUGUGAAACUACAGUAGAAACGCCUAAAUCGAAGUCGCACCAAUCGGAUUUUCACUAGAGUCAGAGGGCUUGUGCAAGUCCCGCGUUUUCCUAACGUUAAUUCAAAUAAAAAUCCUUACUUCAAUCAGAUCAUACAAGUCGGAUAUUCGCCUACCUCGGAUGAAAAAUCUGGUUCCAUACACACACUAAAACACGUGGAGAUCGCUUGAGUGUCUGGACAGUCAGGUGAUAUCUGGAUUGGCUGCUUUGGGCAAAUCAGUUUAUUUCACCGGAGAAAAUCAUGGCAAGCGCAGGAGUCAAGCGUAAGCUACAAACUCGCACUUACGAGCAAAAAUAUGAGAUCAUAAAAUUUGUGGAAUCAAAUCCAGGGAUGAAGCAGAAAGCCAUUGCCACAAAAUUUGAUAUUAGACCCCAAACUCUGUCUGAUAUUUUGAAGAAAAAAUCCAAGAUCAUCGAGACCAUGGAAAAUAAAGAAAAAGUUGCCGCAGAAGCUGGAUCAUUCAAGAGGGUCAAAAAGGUUUCCUAUGCCGAGGUUAAUACGGCGUUGUUACUCUGGGUUAAGCAAGUUUCCGUUUUGCCAGAGACUCGAAUUGACAGUGAAACGUUGCGGCUGAAAGCAGAGUUUUUUGCCAGAGAGUUUGGGUAUGAAGAGGUCGCUAUAUCAUUGCCCUGGGUUGAGCGCUUCAAACGAAGGUGGGGUAUUGCUAAGGUGAAGAAAACGGGAGAAUCUGGUGGCAUCGACUAUGUAACAGUGCAAGAAUGGAAAAAUGGUCGACUGCAAGAAAUCUGCAGUCGGUUUAAACCACAAGACAUAUUCAACGCUGAUGAAACAGGUUUGUUCUGGCAGAUGUUACCAGAAAACACCCUUGGCUUCAUUGGCUCCAAAGGUAAACAGCCCAAGUCCUGUUUUACAGUGUUGGUUGCCGCUAACAUGGAUGGUAGUGAGAAACUUCCAUUGCUGGUUAUCGGAAAGAGCAAGAAGCCACAUGACUUUAAGGGUGUAAGACACCUUCCAGUUAAAUAUAAGGCCAACAGAAAUGCCUGGAUGAAUGGGGAAAUCUUUGAAUCCUGGGUAAAAAGUCUUGAUCAUAACAUGGGGCUUCAGAACCGCAGGAUUUGUCUUGUUGUUGACAACUGCCCGGCUCAUCCGCAGAUUGAAGGACUGAAGCACAUUGAGCUCAUUUUCUUGCCUUCCAACACUCCUAGUCUCACUCAACCAAUGGAUGGUGGUGUUAUCCGUAACCUAAAGUUCCACUACCGUCAUAUUCUGGCUAACCGCAGGCUCCAAGCUGCUGAAAGUGGUUCCCCAUUCCAGUGGAAUAUCUUGGAUGCCCUCUUUGCUGUGAAAGACUCCUGGAGCAUGGUUAAGCAGUCCACGAUUGCAAAUGUUUAUAGGAAGGUUGGCUUUGUGAUCAAAACUCAUGAGGGUGAGACUGAACAACCUGCUCCUCUUCCUAGUGAUGACAAGGUCCAUUGUCUGCAAGUGGAGGAGCAAGAUGAUUCAGAAGUUCCAUUCAGAAAUAUUUGGACACGUUUAAGUGAAAUUUUUGGGGAGGGGCUUACUACCCUUGAUGAGUACGUGGAUGUUGACAGGGGUGACGGAAAUGUUCACCAUGUGAUGACUGAUAAUGAGAUAGUGGAAGAAGUCCUAGCCAGACAUGGUGCAAGUGUAGAAAUUGGUGACGAUGAGGAGAGAGAUGAUGAUGGAGACAAGAACACAAGCCAGCAGCCAGAUGUUCCUUCGGUAAAGCUGACCUAUGACGCCAUUGACGUCAUCCGCAGGUUUGCUUUAUCGAUGGCAGAGAGUCCCGAGGUUGUGGAUGCAUUGGCUUUUGCACAGAAGAUGGAAACACUUCUUCUUAAGGAAACACCCAAUCAGCUCAAAAAGACUGAUUACUUUCAGACAUCUCACAACAACAUGAACUUUAAGGAAGACCCAGACCAGCAGGUCUGUAACCAGGAGAGGAACUCCAGUCGGAACCAGGAGCACCCAGAUACUCCACAGAUUAAAGAGGAACGGGAGGAACUCCGUAUCGGUCAGGAGGGAGAGCAGCUUGUAGUGAAACAGGAGGCUGAAGGCAUCAUCGUCUGGACCGGAGAAGAGCGUCUCAGACUGCUGGAUACCCUCUGGAAACCUGAAAUAAAGUUGGACCUCCCAGAACAACAUGACUACAAGGAGGAGGACGCUCUCUCAGACCAGCAGGUCUGUAACCAGGAGGGGAACUUUAGUUUGGACCAGGAGCCUCCACAGAUUAAAGAGGAACAGGAGUUACUCUGCACCAGUCAGGAGGGAGAGCAGCUUAUAGUGAAGCAGGAGGUUGAUACCUUUAUGGUAAUUCCUGUUUAUAAGGGAAGUGAACCAGGACCAAAUUUGGAUCAGGAGCUGCCACAGAUUAAAGAGGAACAGGAGGAACUCUGCACCAAUCAGGAGGGAGAGCAACUUGUAGUGAAGCCGGAGGUUGAUACCUUUAUGGUGACUCCUGCGUACGAGGAAAGUGAAACAGGAACAAAUUUGGACCAGGAGCCUUCGCAGAUUAAAGAGGAACAGGAGGAACUCUGCACCAGUCAGGAGAGAGAGCAGUUUCUAGUGAAGCAGGAGGUUAAAACCUUUAUAGUGACUCGUGGUUAUGAGGAAAGUGAACCAGGACCAAAUGGUGACCAGCUCCUUUCUUACAAGUCUUCUGAGCCUGAGGGCCAAGCCCAGGUAGAAAGCAAGCAUGUGGAUUCAGGAUUGACUAGAAAUGCAGAGCUGAAGAACACAUCACAUGAGACAAAUAGAAGUCACAGUAACAGAGUAGGACAACUGUCCCGACUCAGAGAGUCAGGGUAGAACUAAUACUAAUACAACUAAAAAGCCUAUAAAAUGUGACACUUGUGGAAAGACUUUUCGCUAUGACUGCCACUUGACAAAACAUCUAAGAGUUCACACAGGGGAGAAACCUUAUUCCUGUAGCACUUGUGGGAAGGGA